ACACCAAACCCCCAUUCCCCUUCUCUCUCUAAGUUCCUCACUCUACCCACCCCCUAACCGAUCUGCCUUCAAAAAACUUUUUUUUUCGUUUUCACUAAAAAACCAAAGAAUCUCUGUCCGGAUUCUGAAAAAAUGGCCGAUUUUAUCCAAGAAGAGGGUAUUUACUAGGAUGAUUAUCAAGCGAUACGUACUCAUUUUACCCAAUUUUUUGUUGUUGUUAUAAUGAUUUAUUAAUUUAUAUACUACUUUAUAUACUAAAUCAUCAACUUAUAGUGAAAGUUAAAUUCUUCUCUAUGAUGCAUACCAUAUAGUCCGCAGGGGUACGAAGAAUGUGCUUGAAUGGAACGACGUCAACUUGCCCUUUCUAAAAAGGGCAAGAUUGGAUUCGAUUAGGCACUUUAAUGGAAUCAAGAUCGACCGCCAACUCAUCACAGCAUUGGCAGAGAGAUGGCGAAAGGAGACACCCUGCUUCAAUUUUCGUGAAGGCGAGUGCACCAUCACACUUAAGGACAUCGUCAUCCUAACCGAUUUGCCAUUAAUGGUCAUGUUAUUUGUGUGGACUCUAUGCCACCACCUAAAGUUGUUGUCAAUAUGAGUGGUUGGCAGCAUUUUUUAUGGACGGUCACCGGGUUGUGUCUGCCAGAAAAGGGAGAUCACGAUGUGGAUGGUAAUCCACCAUUAUCCAAGGGACAAGUAUCUAUCACUUGGUUGACAGCGGAGAUCAGGCGUAAGCACAACCCUGAGUUCGGAGGCAUUCCCCUCACGGAGGAAAGUUCGGAGCGUGAUAAAGACAUUUAUGCACGUAUCUACAUCCUCGGCAUGAUCGGAGGAGUUUUUUCCCCCAAGAAAUCCAACAAUUUAAUCAUCAAUUCAUGGUUGAAGAUCAUACUUGGGUGUUGGGAUGAUAUGGGAAACCUGAGCUGGGAAUCUGCUUGCCUAGCUCAUCUCUACCGCUCCCUCUGUAAUGCUAGUGCGUGAGCGGUGAAGGAGAUUGAUGGGGCCAUGUUCAUCGUCCAAUUUUGGGCUUGGGAGCAUUUUCCAUGGAUUGCGCCGAAGGUACACCCCGACACGGAAUAGGGACCCGACCAUCCCUACGACAUGAGCUGGGCAUCUGCUUGGCUAGCUCAUCUCUACCGCUCCCUCUGUAAUGCUAGGCGUGAGCGGUGAAGGAGAUUGAUGGGGCCAUGUUCAUCGUCCAAUUUUGGGAUUGGGAGCAUUUGCCAUGGAUUGCGCCGAAGGUAGACCCCGACACGGAAUGGGGACCCGACCAUCCCUACGACAUGAAGAUUAUGGUUGUAGGUAAAUAUUUUCUAUCCCACUCAUAGUUCUCACCUUUUUUUACUAAUUCACUAUUUUAUAACGAAAUUUUUAUUAUGUAUUAACAUGAUGUACUUUUGGAAUUAAUAGGUGGCUUGGUGAAAAAAACAUGCGACAACCUAGGAGCGCAUAAGUUGGAGGAGUAUCGUAGGAGGCUGGAUCGCCUUUGGGAAGCAGAGAUGACCAUCAUAAUACACUAUUACUUCCUGCUUUAUUUUCAAGUUGUACUCGGGUGGGUACUGGUAUCCUACUUGUUGGUUCUCAUCCGUCUGUUGAGCUUCUUCUUCAUAUGAAGGGAAGGAUUGAUGAUGACCUCCAGUUCCAUCAUGAUACUCCUGCCACUAGUUCGAGGGUUCGAGGCUUGGUACUCCUGGUGGGGAUGAUCUUCGUAUAAUACACUCCCACCGUGGAUACCAAAUGUUUGGCCAUCUCCAGAAUGACCUACACCGCCUUCAAUGGCCUCGGUGUAAACGAACAUCUCCGCUUGCUUAAUUUUAUUGGUGGUCAAAAAUUGGACCAUGGCAUCAACGUCCUCCUAAGUGGUAAGGAGGAAUUCCUCAUUCCAUAGCGAUCUGUCAUGUCUGUUUGGAUAUCGAUACACCAUUUGAUCAACUCUUCUAGUGUCAUCCAUGCAGGUAAUCGGAGUGCACAUUUGAUGGAGCUCUUCAAGAAUCGGUCUCGUACGGACCUUCAUUUUAUAAAAAUUGCCACCCACAUAACUUACACCCUUUUCGGGCUCUUCCGUGUAACCAUUCCACCUCAACCCAAGCGUGAACCUUUGGAAUGCCAUCUGCAAUAUAACUGUAAUUAAGUUACUAACAUAAAACCAUAAAGGACAAUGAAAAGUAAUACAAAACAAACUAACGAAUUAACGUUAAUCGCAAAAACUAAAUAAUUUAAAGGUGCACAACUGAAAUUUGAAGAAGAAUGAGGAGGAGUGAAGAUUUUGAGUUCUCUGGAGCGGCCUUUUAUAGGCGAAUUUUACACUACAAACCGCCCAGGGCGGGGGCGGGGGGGGGGGGGGGGGGGGGGGUGGUGGAGUGAUUUUAGGUCUGCCAUGCAGCCCCACCUCCUACAUGCCGAUAUGUCGGAUGACCAGGCACAAACCGCAGCUGGAGGGAGCGGUUUACGUGGCACAAACCGCCAGACGGGGAAGCGGUUUAUGUGUCCACAUGGUAAACCGCGGCCUGGUGGUGCGGUUUACCAAGCCGACAUAUAACCGCUCCCUGAGGAAGCGUUUUGUGGUAGGGCAACCAUAAAAAUCGCGCCUUCUUUUUGCGGUUUUACCUGAAAAGGAAAACCGCCUCUUGACCAGGCGUUUCUAAGGUAAAUUGCAGCCUGUUGGUGCGGUUUAUAUAUUAACCACCCCUUAGAGGCGCGAUUUUAAAUAAACGGUGGUAUUUUUGGAAAUUGUUGGGAAUGGGUGGUAUUUGUGUAAUUUUUUUUUUAAUAGUGGUAGUUUUGGAUUUUUCCGGAAUGGCAAUGGGGCAGGUCCGGGGCGGGUUUCUUGGUACCCAGACCCGCCUCGUGGCAGGUUGGAUCUAGGUCGGGUAAUUUAUCACGGGUUGCAGGUCAGGGCAGGUCGACCCAAUGGGUAUGUACUUUAUAUGAAAAGCAUUAGAAAUAUUCAUUAUUUUUAUUAUAAGACCAAGAAAACAAACAAUAUUAUGAUUAAUGUAGUUAAAUUAUUAGAGAAAUUGAGGAUUUCACUAUUUUACAACUUUUUCAUAGCUAAAUUAUGAUGUAAUAAAAGAAAAUUCUAAGUAAUUUGACUAAGAUUACAUGUAAUUUAGGCAAGAACGGGUCGAGAAUGAGGAGGGCCAGGACAGGUCGAGUCGAUGAGAGUACCCAUGCCCGCCCCGCCACGCCUAUGGGGCGGGUCGGACCCGCUUCAAAACAGGUCGGGUAAAACGGGUCAAGUCGAAAUUGCCAUCCCUAAAUAUCGUUAAGGGGAGUACACGAUGUUCGUGGUCCUUGACUCGAGGGGAGGAUUGUUAUGAGGACAAUCCAAGUACCAAAUCGGUAAUACAAGGGAAGAAACCUUUGUAUAUUAGUGUCCACCAAACUCAUUAGUACGAGGCAUUUUGGGGAGGACACCCAAGAGUAAAACCGUGCGGGCUGGGCCCAAAGCGGACAAUAUCGUACUAAUUGAACAACUCGAUUUCGACAAGUGGUAUCAGAGUCUGGUUCGGUUCGGGGCGGUGUCCUCAACGAUUAUCUUGAUUCGCUAGACACCUUGUAUCGAUGGGCUUCUCGAUACAAGGACUUUACCAGACGCAGAACUCUCUUUGAUCUGCUUUCCAAAUGCGAAACUCUUUUUGAUCCGCCAAGUCCAAACGUUGAUCUCUCCUGGAUCCACCUCAAAUCCCGAGGUCACCGAAUGAGGGUCCCGCCGAACUGACGUCCACCGCCCCGAACCGAACCAGCAUUGUUAUUAAAGGCGAACCGAACCGUUCGAUCGAACCGGUAAAACCGGCACCCGACCACUAACUCUGUUCAGAAUACUCCAAAAGCCGCAGCGGUCAGGAAGGUCGGUCGGUGAGCGGCCGAAGCGGUUAACCGCUCGGGCUGUUCGAAUUGGUCGAACGGUUUUAAGCACGUAGGUUCCAUUUGAAAAAAUCAGUCCUUACCUUUUCAGUCAGAUAUGGGCUGUUGGGUGGAGUUACCAAAAAAAAUAAAUUUAUACCGUCUCAAUGCGGUUACUUCCCUAUUUCUCAGGCACUUUAAAUUUUAAUUUGAUUUCCCAUGCACAUUACACAAGCGGUUGCUUAGGUAUUAGCAAUUUUUUUUAUAUAUUCCAGCUAUUCCUAAUGAAUAUUUGUUAAACAU